GGGAUUUUAAAACUAAUAUUUAAAAUUAUAGGCAAAUUAGCUGUAAAUAAUAAAACAGUUAAUGGUCAUUUUAAACGCAGUAGUCUGAUAUAUCGCAGUUUACAAUUUUUUAAAUAAUAUCCUAAGAAUUAAUAAGUAGCACACUAUAAGGUUUAAAUAGCUGCAUUUAUAGAUGUAUCAUUUAUAAGUGUUCAAUUUGUAAGCAGUGUUGAUACUAAUAUAGAAAUAUCCUUAUUCCACACAUUUGACUUACACUUUUUUAAAAUGAUGUUAAAAAUGGAAGAUUGCCUUGAAGACUGUGAAGAAAUUUUCUCUCAAGACGGAGUACUCCUAAAACAGGCACCCGCUACUCACAUCACAUUUGUCAACACUAUCGGUACCUUGUACCUCUCAGAAUCUCUAAAUUCAAACAAAAAAAGAUUUAUCGAAUGGAAGCCAAAUGACAUAACUGUGGAUUCUGAUAUUCAAGAUCAAGAAUGGGCUGUAGUCAAUACAGUUCAAAAGAGAAUGAGGACUCUUAGUGGCAACUACCCUCCUGAUUAUCAGAACAGACUAAAAUGCAUUAAAUUCAGCUUCGAAGAAAUCAAAAGCUUUCGAGUGGCUAACAAAAAUCGACAGAUUUCAUUUUACGAUGGAAAGGCUGAUUGUUUAUGCAUAUUUGGGUUCCAACACGGAAACUGUGAAAUGUUAUUGUCAAUUUUAAAACGAAUGUUGAGAAUUAGUUUAUCCAAGAGAGAUAAACACUUGUAUAUUGUAUACGAUGCCAGUUUUCACGAAUUUCAACAGUUGGACAAAUCGUUUGCGGAACUGGACAUACAGCACGAUUCAAGAACUUUAUGGAGUGUCUUCAAAAACUUAAAGGACCAUCCAUAUGAAGCUACAUUUGAGGCAUUUGCAAAAGUUACUGAUUAUGUUUAUAGAAGUCCAGAACAAAGAGAAAUUGAUGAUGUAGAUAAAGAAAAUCUAAACCGAAGUAUAACCGAAUACGAAAAUACCACUACACAUUCACAAGGAGACUACGAAGUUGUAGCAACAGUGCCUGAACGAAAAGACUUUCCUAGAUUACGUCCUCUUUCCGUAGAACAAUGGAGAGGUCAUUUGAAUAGUGAAGGCAAAAUUGAAGACGUAGAAUCAGUUAAAACACUCAUAUUUCGAGGAGGUGUUACCCCGUCUUUAAGAGCCGAAGUGUGGAAGUUUUUACUGGACUACUUCCCUUGGUCGAGCACAGAAACCGAAAGACAAAAACUUCAAGCUGUCAAAAGCGACGAGUAUUACAACAUGAAAUUGCAAUGGAAACGAAUGACCAAAGUUCAAGAAGACAACUUCUCUGAUUAUCGAGAAAGAAAAAGUUUGAUAGAGAAAGAUGUCAACAGAACCGACAGAACGUUAGAUUUCUACGCCGGUGACAAUAAUGCUAAUUUACAGACGUUAAACGAUAUCCUUAUGACGUAUAUAAUGUUCAAUUUUGAUUUAGGUUAUGUUCAAGGGAUGAGCGAUCUGUUAAGUCCGAUUUUGAUGUUGUUGGACAAUGAGGUAGACUCGUUUUGGUGUUUUGUAGGAUUCAUGAAUAAAGUGAGUCGAAACUUCGAUAUUGAUCAAGCUGGAAUGAAGGACCAACUGGGUAAUUUACACACACUUCUUGCCUUUGUCAAUCCGCAACUUGCCACUUAUUUAGACACUCACGAUUCAGGAAACAUGUUCUUCUGCUUUAGGUGGUUGUUAGUUUGGUUUAAAAGGGAGCUCAGUCAGGAAGAUGUCAUGAGGUUUUGGGAGGUUCUCUGGACGGGAUAUCCUUGCGAAAACUUCCAUCUACUUGUUUGUGUAGCUAUUUUGGAUUCGGAGACAACUACCAUUUUUCACAACAACUAUGGAUUCACUGAAAUAUUAAAGCAUGUAAACGACUUGAAUGGCAAACUGGACAUGGCCAUAAUGCUCAACAAAGCAGAAGGCAUAUACUACCAAAUCAAAGAAUCUGAGCACCUAACCGACAACAUAAGGAUCAUACUCGGUUUACCGAUUCUCCAAACCCAAACUUCCUACGGGAGCCACGAGCAAUCUCCAUUCGAAGACAGCACAGACAUGAGCAAUGGAACCCAACCUUGUUGUUCCGUGGAUAACGUGAGAAUCAGUCCAGACGAAGUAGCUUACGAAAAGUCGAUCAAUUCGAGCUUUUUAUAGUAGUACUCUGAUAGUGUAUGUAAGGUAAUUUUCUAAGAUUUUAUUGGCCAGGAGUUGCCACUCGACUGUUCGUUUUUCUGUUGUUAAUCAUGACUGUCUAGGAGCUAGGGGUGGUUGAGUAUGCACUAUUAUAUCCCAUCGGUACAUUGACGUUUCUUUUUGUUUUUUGGCGCGUAGAUUCGAUUUUUCGAUGGUACCAGGCUGAAAAUCUGUUAGAUAAUUUGUUAUUAGCAAUUUAAUUGUUUAAAUUAGCGACACGCUUCAUUUAUUAUUUUUUUAAUUGCUAAUUUUAAAUAUUAACUUUUCUCAAAACGAAAGCAUACGUCUCAUGAUAAAUUCAUAUGUGUUUUCGUUCCUAAAAUACAAAACCAGAUUGUAUAAAAUUAAUGGUUUUUUCAGGGAAACACAAAUUCCGUAAUAGAUUACGAUGCCAGAUUGGCCACGCUCUUUAUGUCAACUUCUUAAAAACUACAGAAAGGUUCUCAGCUUUUAAAGCGCCAGAUUUAGUAAUUUAUCGCCUUUUCUGGCCACAUGGUAGAACCGGAUACAUUAUGACAUAAUAGCGUUUGUGGUCUCGGCCAGUAUCACCCCAGCGGGCGUCGGGAUAAGUCAACAACACACCCAGCGGGCACGCGGUGGAGUCACACCCUCGCAAAAAUAACAAACCCUUACGAGAUAUAAACGAAGCACGCUUGUUUACCCAAAAUAAAUAAAUAUAUUACUGUUCGUUGUUUUACAUUUAUUUUAAUUUCAUUUAAUUGAUUCCGUAAACCACCACGGAACAGAAGUUAUAGAACAUCUCAAAACGAACAUUUUAAGAUUCGAUAAAUGUUUCUAUAUUAAUUUUUUGCCGAGAUAUUGAAAAUUAAUUUACGCGCGCCCGCAUUAGAUGCGCUCUAGUCCCAUAUCUUGGUAAAAAAUUAACAUAGAAAUAUGUAGCAAAGCUUAAAAUGUUCGUUUUAAGUUGUCCUAUAAUUUCCAUUAGCUAGAUUUUUAAAGUUUAUAUAGUUUAAUUUUGUUUAAAUCUCUUUAUAAACUGAUUAACUCGAAACUUUUUAAUGAAAUUUUUAUUGUUUAAUUGUUAACUUUUUUAUUAAUAAGGAUAAAAUAAUAUGUUUUUUUUAGUUAAUGGCAGGUAUGAAAGUUGAGUUAUACUUGGAAAAGCCCCAUUGAACGUCUAUUUUGCAAUUGUUUUUCACGAAAUUUAAUAUAACUCCGGUUCUAAUAAGCGGACCAAAGUUUACCAAACACCAUUUUGUUCAUUUUCAAAAAUAUCACAGUAAAAGUAACACUUUUCAAAGGAACACAGUAAAAGGAACAAUUUUCAUUUUGGUAAAAUUAAAUAUCUCUAAUAGUUUAGGAGAUACUGUUAUUUAAACAAUUAAAUUGUUAAUAACAAAUUAUCUGACGUGUUUUCAUCAUGGUACCCUCAUAAAAAUCAAAUCUAAGCACCAAAAAACGGACAGUGCCUAUUUCGGUCCAAGAAAUAGGUAGGUCUUUUAAAAACGUCCCAAGUCGUCGCAAAGGUUAAAACUGCCCGAUAUAAAAUAUACCAGCUUAGCUCAUGGGAUAUUAAUUGUUACUAUUCCGGUGGUGUGGUUGACGGAAUUAAUAAAAAAUAAGUGUAACAACGAACAGUAAUAUAUUUAUUUAUUUUGGGUAAACAAGCGGUGUUUUGCUUAUAUCUCCAAAGAGGGUUGUUUGUUAGCGCGAGCGAGGGUGUGUCUGCAUCGUUCGCAUACUGUGUAGAGACUGACUUUCGGAUCACCAACUAUUAUGUCAACUGGUUUUGCGAUAAUGGCCAGAAAGGGCCAUAAAUUAUUGCAUCUGCCUUUUAAAAGAUGAGAACCUUUUUGUAUUUUAAGAAAUUGACAUAAAGAGUGUGGCGAUAUGACAUCGUAAUCCAUUAGUGUUUCCUUGAAAAAAACAUUAAUUUUAUACAAUCUGUUUAGGGAUACAUUUUGGUUUCUCGAAAUCAAUGCCCUUGUUGGCAUAUGGUUUGUAUAUUACAUGUGAGUUUUAAAUGACUAAUGUUGUUUUGUUUUGAGAAAUGUUAUUAAAAAUUAUUAAGAAAAUAAAAUUAGCAAAAAUAGUAAUUAAAGCGUAUCGCUAUAUUACUAUCAAAUAAUUUUACAUCUUAAUGGAAAAAAAUAGAUUUAUAGAAUAACUUUAUUAAAUAGAAUGUAUAAAUCACUCUCAUUAUUAGUUAAUGUUUAUUUUUUGUUUCAAAUGUUACAAACACAGAAGAAAAAUUUAAACAAGAUUGCCUUACAAUCGGCAACCUAUUUUUAUUUUAAAAUGGUUAAAAAGCUGAACCUUUACGAUAAUACAUAGAAGAUAAAUUAGGUAUAAUUUGAAAAAAAAAACGUAAUUGCUUUUGACUACAUGAGCAGUGGCGUAGCAGAUACCCAAACAGUCAAUAUGUCUCAAACAUCUAACCAUUUAUUUAUCCUAUGUAUCAGUAGCGAAAUCGACUCCACGGCCAACAUUUCCAACCAAGAGAAACUGUUUCUUAAAUUCGAAAAGAACCCAAAAUGCUGUACAAUAUUGCAAGAACGGGUAUUGAGCGUAGGAUGUUUUUCUAUGUUAAUAAGAAAUUUUCCCUAAUCUAUAAUUCCAAGAUAAAAUUAUUAUUAUACCUACUAAGGGGGAACUAAUACCCACCUGUUAAUCUUCGAGCCGACCUGGGGAGUUUUGAAAAUGUACCUGGGGUAUCAAAGAAUUAAAGUGAGCCGAGAUGGGAAUACCCCCCAAAAAACAUCAAAAGUGCCAAGGUACAGAGGGUACAUAAAUGUGCAUUCCAAACCCCCGUUGGCUCCUAGAUUAUGUUAUACUAUCAAAUUGCACAAAACAGAGAGCCUAAAGUAUUAACGAAUAUGGUAAAUACAUUAAUUUACUAUCGACAUUUCAUUGUCAAUUUUAGUUUAUGUGAUAUUUUAUUUGUACAUAUUUUAACAUAGUUUGGCUGUGUUAUGUAUUGUAAUAAUAUAUGUUGAACAUCAAUUGAGUCAUUUAACGAUUGUACAUCAAUAAUGAGUUAAGUACCAAAAGGUUUUUAAUUAUUCAUUUUAAGUGACAUAAAAACUUUUGAUCAGAAAAUUAGAACCAAAUUUGAAUUUAUUUUGUACCGAAAAAUGUGUUUAUAUUGUGCAUUCAUCAUCAUGCAGCCUAUACUUGUCCACUGCUGAAUGUAGGUCUCCGUAGUUCACCCCACAAAUUCCGGUCCUGAGUCACUUGCAUCCAAUUUUGGCAUGCCGCUUCAGGUCAUCUGUCCAUCUUGUUGGUGGUCAUCCUCUGCUUCGAAAGACCUGGGUCUGAGUCUUCACUCGAGAAUACGUUUCGUCCAUCUGCCGUCCUUCUUUCGCGCGACAUGCCCUGCCCAGUUCCAUUUUAAGGUAGAUAUUCUGAUUGCGUCGGUUACUCCCGAUCUACGGCGCAAUUCUGUGUUGGUACUUACUUUCCGUGUCCGGAACACCAACAACUUUAAAUUCUAUAUUUCCAAUGGUUGGCCACAUAGAUGGCCCUGUCAUUUGCUAAAAUUAAGUCUUCUUCUGUUCAGGUCUCUCUCAUCUCUGUGCAUGAUAGUAGAUGCCGGCUGGUCUGAACCGCGCCACAGUCGCAGAUAUCGUCCUCCUGGUAUCCAGGAAAAUGUGUUGCGGUAGCUGACGCUUGCCACAGGUGUAUUCGGCGCGUCUCUGGCGCUUCGGGGAUGGAUCUUGAUGUUUUCAGAAAGUUUUUCUGAGAUCUUUAUCUACUUGGCUGAGUUUGGUGGUCAUAUAAGGUCCGUCUCCUGCUUUUUUCAUUCUAUCUCUGACGUAACUUUCCUCCUGAUAGAUGGUGGAGCAAUCCCAGCUAUGGGGUAUACCUCUUCGAUAGGUGUCGGUUUUAGGCAACCCGAUAUUAUACGAACCGUUUCAUUUAGAGCCACGUUCUUUACGUGAGCAGAGUUUGCCCAUACUGGUGAUCCAAACUACGCGGCCGAAAAACAUAAUGCUAAGGCAGAAGUGCGGAGAGUGUGUGGUUGUGUUCCUCAUUUUGUAUUAGUUAGCUUGCGGAUCGGUAAGACAGAGUUCUAUCCAAACGUACGCCGAGGUAUUUUGGCGUCUCGUUGUGUUCCAGCAUCUGACCACGCCAUUCCACCUCCAGCGGCCUUCGGGCAUGCUUGAGUCUAAGAUGGAAAGCACAUACCUGGGUUUUUGUGAGAUUGGGUUUCAGAUGGUUUUCAUCGUAGUAUAGAGCUGAGUCUCCCAGGGCAUCUGUCAGUUUCACUUCGACUUCAUUGAAGGUUUUCCCUGAGCUGCCACAGCUGUAUCAUCAGCGAAAAUAGAUUGCCUUGUUUGUUGGUGUAUGGGUUGGUUGUUGGUGUAUAUGUUGUAUAGAAUCGGUGCGAGGACACUUCCCUGUGGGAGUCCAUUUUUUUGGUCCCUCCACCGACUGUUCUUGGACUGGAGCGUUACGUAGAAGCGUCUAUUCUGGAGGAGACAUUUCACUAACCUUGUUAGUCGAAAAUCCUUUGUAGUUUCGUAGAGUUUCGUAGAGUCCACGUCUUAACUGUAUAGAGAAGGGUCGAUCAGACGUAGCAUUUUGAUAAACGUACUCGAAUUUCGAGAUCAUUUAGUCUUUUGAUUUUUUGAACGAUUUUUGGCAUGUUCUAUUCUCGAUCUUAUUUCUAGAUCAGGAUUUAGGCUGCUAUCGAUGCAACAUCCCUAUUAACUAUUAAAUCUAUUAACCUGUUCUAAAAUGUACCCAUUUACUGUGGAAGGUUCAGGUACGUUUUGGGUUUUUCUGAUUGACAUCACUUUGGUUUUUUUAAUGUUUAUUUUCAUACCAAAUUACUCACAGGUCGAGUUUGUCUUGUCUAUGAGUCGUGUAAACCCAAGUCGGAAUCCGCAAUCAACACCGUAUCAUCGGUGUAUCUGAUGCUGUUGAUAUUUACGCCAUUCACCUUGACUCGAUCCUUGGAAUCGUCCAGUGCCUCUUUAAAUAGAAACUCGGAGUAAAGAUUAAACAGCAGGGGCGACAGAACACAUCCUUGUCUAACUUCCCUCCUAAUUUCUACUUCUGCGGAUGUGGAACGUUUGAUCCCAACUCUGGCGUUUUGGUUCCAGUACAAGUUUUUUAGUAAUUUGAUGUCUUUUCCAUCUAAGCCGACUUCCUCCAAAGGUUCUAAUAGUAGGUUGUGUCUUACUCUAUCAAAUGCUUUUUCGAAGUCUAUAAAGCAUAUAAAUACAUAUAUUUUUCUUUUGGUCGUAGCAUUUUUGGGCAAGAACGAUUAAACCGAAGAGAUUAUCAGAAUAUUCGAUUAUCACUAAAUUCCUUUUUUGCGCUUAGCUUGUUAUUGUGGAUAGAACCCGUUGUAGAUUUUUAACAACUAUACUAACAAAAAUUCAAAUUUUUAGUACAAAACCCUUCUAAUUGUUAAAAUAUUUGUAGUAUUUUAUAAAGUCCAGCAUUAUGUGAGUAUAUAGUAAGAAAAUACCUACAAGCACCACGUAGUAAUGAUUACAAGCUGAAAUGUGAUUAACACUAUUAUGAUUAAGUGACGACGGAUCAGUGGCAGCUCUGGAAGAAAACUUUUCACACUAUGUAAGGUAAAGAAAGGUCAAAAUGUGAAUACGAAAUUUGGGGAUUAAAUAGUAUAUUGUCAAAAAACAAGAUAUGAAAAAUUAGGACUUAAAGGCCCAUGGUUUCUAGUCUUGAGUAGAUUCUUUCACUUGUUCCAGUUCUACACAAAAAAAUUUUUUGGACACCCUGUAUAAUUAAUCAUGUUAAUGUGUAUAUUACUAAAUAGGGAAUUGUAUAACCUUUCAAAUGAGCUAGCACUCGACCCCUAUUCCUAUUUUAAAAAAUAGUCGAUUACGUCAUCAGGCCCAAAUGGAUGACGUCACUAGUACGAUAUAUUAUGUCAAAAAAUCAUAAUUUAAAAAUCGAAUAACUUUUGUAUUUUACAUUUUUUUUCUAAUUCUGUAAAUAAAGCAGUUUACAAGGGGGUCAAAAUAUAGUGAAUAACCCUGUACAUUCAAUGGGGCCCACCGACCGGCUCUGUCCCGUCAUACAGCUGACCGACUAUAAUAACUUUUAUUUAUAUUUAAUUUAGAAUGUGUGUACUGAUUUUCAGCCUUAGUAAAUGGAUUUAAUUACCUUCGUAGGAAAGCAAUCUCUACACAAUCACAGUAAUCAACUGUGAAAAAUCUAGCUUUAGUAAAUUCAAAGAGAUUUACGAGAUUUUUCAGCGCUGCCUCUUGGACUAUGAUUGCUGUAUUCCAUUGCUCUGGCAUUUUUUCGCUUUCCCAUAUUUUUACAAUAAGUCGAGCUAUCUUUUGGAUGUAGUAUAUCUACUCCUACUUUUAAUAUUUCUGCUUACACUUGUAUUUCUGUUUACCCUUUAUCGUUUAGUAAAUCGUCGAAAUACUCUGCCCAUCUGGUUAAUUUCAGUUAGUUUAUUGCAUAGAAUAUUGCUAGCAAGUUUAGAAAUAUAAAUUCAUUUUAGUUAAGGUAUAACAGACUCAAACAGUUUUUUCGAAAAUAAUAGUUUCUAUUAAUCUUUUCAUAUCUUGUUUUUUGAAUAUCAAACUUUUCUACAAUAUAACAUAAAGUAAAAUUAUGGUAGAAAUCGCGGACUUGGUUUUAUAAAAAUAAAAUAAAAAAUUGUAAAGUGAACGAAAUUUUGAAUCAUGACAAGGUUUAAAAUACGCAAUUUUAAAUAUGAAUGUGCAAGAAAAAGGAAACAUCACCAACGUUUUGAAAAGUUUGUACCAUUUAGUAAUUGCAAACUGUGAUUUUAAAAAUAAGCCAUCUUCUCGCGUUCAGCUUCUUUAAAGUGCGGAAAAAUUCCAGAAAAUGAACUUGGAUAAUCUUAAAACUUUAAGGGGCUAUCCUAGUGUAAAAGUACGAAAUUCAUAUACUUUUUCGGGAGUUUCUAAAAUAAAAAGUACUGUACCAAUUGCUUUGAAAAUUUGCAUGAGGAUUUAUUAUAAAAAGAAGUAUAUGCAAAACAAUAUUCAUAAAAGAAUAUUGAAAAUUAAACGAUUUAUGCGCCAUCUACUGGCACCGUGAAAAUAAAAACAUGGCUCCACUGCUGCAGUGAUUGGGGCUAAUAGAGAUCCUGAAACAUAAAAUUUCAAAGUUAUUAUUGAAAUAAAAGUUAUUUUCUAUACCAUCAACUAGGGGUUUUUUGAUCGGAUAAAAAAUGUCAAUUCGGCGGUUUUUGAAACUGAAAAUGUUUUGGCUAAUUUAAAAAAAAAAUCAACACUUUAUUUUUCCAAAUUUUAAUAUUUUUCAAAUAUUCUAGUUGAUGGUAUAGGAAAUAACAUAUUUCAAUAAUCACUUUGAAAUUUUAUGUUUCAGGAUCUCUAUUAGUCCCAAUCACUGCAGCAGUGGACCUAUAUUUUUAUUUUCACAGUGUCAGUAGAUGGCGCAUAAAUCGUUUAAUUUUCAAUAUUUUUUUAUGAAAAUUGUUUUACUUAUACUUCUUUUUAUAAUAAAUGCUCAUGCAAAUUUACAAAACAAUUGAUACAGUACUUUUUAUUUUGGAAAUUCCCAAAUAAAGUAUAUGAAUUUCGUACUUUUACACUAGGAUACCUUUUACCAGGGCGCAUCUGUUAAACAACGUCUACAUUAAUUGGAUGUGAGAGGUGGCAUUCCGGUUUUUGCAUAAAAAGUUUUGAUAACUUCAGUAAUACACUACUCCAAGAAAUUAACGCACCACCUAAAAAAUGGGUCAUUUUUGAUGUCUCGAAUUUCCAAAACCUUUUAUCCGAUUUAAGUGAUUUUUUUAAUAUGUAAUAGCUUUAUUCUUUACCAAUGUCGCUGUAAUAAUAUUGUUGCUAAACAAGUAAAUUGUCAUUGUAUACCGGGUGUACCAACAAAACUGUGUUUUUUUUUCAAUGUUCACCACACCCUGUGGAAUAUUCUAGCAUUUAUAAAAUACUGCAAUUAAAACCCAACUAUAGCCUCAGGUUUUCUUAACAUUCUGUGUUUUAUUCAUUCGCUUAUAUUGGACAAUAAAAAAGUUAGGUACUUUAACAACUAGCCAUGUUCGUCAUUAAUACAGGGUGUGCUACAAACUUAAGGGAUAAUUCUGCUUGAAAAGCAAUUAGGUGUUUAGAUAAAGAAUCACAGCUCGACAUAAUUACCCAGAAGUUUUAAAUUAUAAAUGGGAGAUUUGAAAAUAGUGCGAAAACCGUCUAUUAAAAAAUAGUUAUCGGAUCUAAGUAUACCAUUCUUUAGAACAAGACUAAACAAUAAAACUAAAAGACUAUCGCAGCUGUGUACAGGUCUGACCAACAUUUUAAAUUUAAGAAAAACAACAUGCUACAUGGUCAAACUCUUUUCAAAAUGUGGUUAAUGUUUUUUAAGUAAAUAUUGACGUAUUAACGAUAAAGUCUGCUCAGAUGACUGAAUAAUAUCGGUAGGGCAAACGUUUUGUAACAAUUUUUAUAGUAAUAAUUAUAAAUCUGUUUGUUAAAGUUAGUUGGUCCCUAAAAUAAUUUAUUUCCUAUAAAAUAAACUUUUUCUACCAAUAAUGAUCAUUCAUUUAGAGAAGCAAUAGAACAGAUGCCCUAAAAAUUAGCGUAUCCUCUCCGAAAAGUAUGAAAUUGGUUUAAAAAUCGUAUAUUUCUCCCUCUGUCUGAUCUGACUUUGCCUGAUAGGCCUCAAUAUAGGCAAAAUAUGUCUUUGUGUUAAUGAAGAAAAGACUUUAAUAGAGACAACACAGACAUUCAUGACUUCUGGUAUAUCUCACACCGCCCUCUAUAAAAUGAAUUGCAAAAAUUUGUUUCUAGAUGAUAUAGGUUUUCCGAAUCUAAAAAUUCUAGAAGGGAAAAUUGUGAGAACCAUAUUUGAAUUAAAUAUAACUACAGUCGGAAAAAUGAAAGAAUACCCAUGAACGAACAUAUAAAACACGCUGUAUUUUCAUGUCACCGUGUCACAAAGAAAAUUGCCCAGCGCAAGUACAUGUAAUAAUAAUUAUUACAUGUACUUGCGCUGGCCAAUUUUUUGUAUGACACGGUGACAGGAAAAUACAGCGUGUUUUAUAUGUUCGUUCAUGGGUAUUCUUUCAUUUUUCCUACUGUAGAAGAGGUUUAACAACAGCAAAAAGAAACACAAAUAGACGAAACAUUGAGUAGAAAACAAGAUAAUCAAAACACAAACAAUAAAACAUUUGUCCUAAAACAAUAAAAUUACAAAGAAAAAGCAAUAUUAGAAUAAUUUAGAAAUGAAAUAAAGUGGGGGAGACAGAUGGUCAGACAGUAACUGAUACCAACCAAUGUAGACGCUUGAUUCGUUGCUUAUACCAGUCUAUCAGCUGAAAAUGACGAGUAUCCGGAUAUAUUGAACCAAUAUAUGAACAACUCAUGUCUAAAAGGAACAGAUUUAUGCCAAAAACUCAAAUUUUUAAUUUUUGCACAACCAUUUGCUUUAAUUUAAUGGAACGGUUUGAAUUAAAAACAGUUAAAUUUUCACAAAUCAGAAUAAAGAUGCACUAGAAAUAAACAAACCAAUAAACAUUGAAUGUUACGAGGAGCACUCCCAAAUCAUGAUUUACGAUGUAUAUACAUUGUAAAUCACAAAUCAUGAUUUACAAAGUUUAUACAUUGUAAAUCAUGAUUCGGGAGUGCUCCCGAACACAAAUAGACGAAACAUUGAGUAGAAAACAAGAUAAUCAAAACACAAACAAUAAAACAUUUGUUCUAAAAUAAUAAAAUUACAAAGAAAAAGUAAUAUUAGAAUAACUUAGAAAUGAAAUAAAGUGGGGGAGACAGAUGGUCAGACAGUAACUGAUACCAACCAAUGUAGACGCUUGAUUCGUUGCUUUUACCACUCUAUCAGCUGACAAUGACGGCAAUCCAGAGAUAUCAAACCAAUAGAUGAACAACUCGUGUCUAAAACGAACAGAUUUAUGUCAAAAACUCAAAUUUUUAAUUUUUGCACAAUCAUUUGCUUUAAUUUAGUGGAACGGUUUGAAUUAAAAACAGUUAAAUUUUCACAAAUCAGAAUAAAGAUGCACUAGAAAUAAACAAACCAAUAAACAUUGAAUGUUACGAGGAGCACUCCCAAAUCAUGAUUUACGAUGUAUACAGGGUGAGGCAAAUAAAGGGCCCAUUAGAAAUAUCUCGAGAACUAAAGGUUAGAGAAUCAUGAAAAUUGGAACACAGGGGUUUUGAGGUAUGAACUAUUCAAUGAAAAUAUUUUGGUCUCUUUGCUACUUCCGGUUAUACCGGAAGUUGAUUGUAACUUGGUUUUUUUAAAUGGGACACCCUAUAUAUUUUUACAUUUUUAGACUCUUCUUGAUUUCUUCUUUCUUAAAAUAUAAGGUUUUGUAAUAUUAUACAGGGUAGUUUAAAAGAUAAUUACGUUUUCUUAUUAAUUUCGUAGCAACAUUCACACCCUGCAGAAUUGUAGCAGUUUGACACAAUAAACUCUAUUUACGUUCAAAUGAUUUUUAAUAUAGUCUACUAUUGUUAAGAAUUAUUGGUAUAGUUAAAUUUUUCAUUUUAUUAUACAGAGUUGGUCGAAACUCGGAAUGAGUAUUUUGUGAGUUUUCUUAAAUGAAACACUCUGUAUUUUAUUAUUGUAAUAAAAUGCUAUUUUAUGGUACUUUUUAAUUUUUAAGCAUUCCCUAUACCUAACUGCUUUAAUUUGUGAGUUGUUGGUGAUUUAAUCCGAACAUUAAUUGCAACACAAAAUACGUGAAAUUUUAGUAGGUUGGCCGUGAAAAUAAUUAAUCUCAAAUAAUUUUUCGAAAAUAAAUACAUAUUAAUCCAGACUGAUACUUAAAAUUGCCAAUAAUGGUUGAGCUAUCAAAACACCUACGUAGUUAAGAUUGUUGGUGCGAUUAACAAUUAAGCACAAAUUAAAGCAGUUAGGUUUAGGGAAUGCUUAAGAAGUAAAAAAGUAUCAUAAAAUAUCAUUUCAUUACGAUACUAAAAUAUAGGGUGUUCCAUUUAAGAAAACUCUUCCACCCUGUAUACUUAAAUUAAAAAUUUAGCUGUACUAAUGAUUCUUGCCAGUAGUAGACUACUAUCCCUGCUCAAUUUAUUAGACUCACCCUAGAAAUAUCAGUUUUUUUCAUUUGAAACACCUUAAAAGUAUGCUCAAAGUCAUAGGAAACUGCUGAAUGGGUUAAAUAACAAUUACUUAAUAAUAUUGUUCUACAUAAUUGUUAAAAAUGGUGAAAGUUUUUGAUUGAAUUGUGAAAACUUGACAGUUGGCAAUAGAAUGGGCUAAAAGGGCGCAAUGACUCGACUUUUUUCAACUUUAGUUUUUUAGUUAAAUUAGGGAUUGGUGUUAUUCGUAAAAUAUUCGUAAAAUUUGCAGUGGUGAAUGUUAAUAUUGUUGUAUAUAAACGUUAGUUUUCAAUUUUUUAAAUUUAUGUUAAAAUAUUAAUAGAAAUAUGUUAAUUUCUAAAAGAUGAAUAUCUUCGAUUGGAAUUUUUUCAUAUGGGUGAUUGUAAAAAUAUUUUUGUUGAGCAAAUCUCUUCUGUUGCUGCUCUUUUAGAAAAUAUUGCAUGUUGUCAAAAAGAAAUAGCAAAAACAUGCAGUCUAUUUUAAUCUUUAGUUCGAAUGUGGAGUCAAAAACCUAAAGGGAAACAUCAUGUUACAUCGAUUUGGAGGGGUGGUAUGGCAGAAAGAUUUCAGUCACUCCCAGAGCGCAACGAUUUUUAAUAAAUUUGGCUGUAAAACACAGAAGAGUCACCCAUAGCAAUAUACGGAAUGAAUUGGAAGAAUCAGAGUGUUCAGUAUCGAAGUCCAAUGUAUGCCGAAAUUUGUACAGUAUGGGAUUCAAAUAUCAUAGGCCAGUUAAGGAAAUAUCUAAACAAUCAACUAUCACCAUAAAUGCUCAAAAAGGCUUAGUUUGGGCCAAUUUGCAUUAAUAUUUUAGUCAUAUAAUAUUUAUGCAAAUUGGCCGAAAUUAAGCGUUUCUUGAGCAUUUGUGGUGAUGGUUUUGGUUACUUAACUGGCGUAUGACAUUUGAAUCCCAUACUGUACAAAUUUCGGCGUACAGUGGACCGAUACUGAACUCUCUGCUUCUUCCAAUUUAUUCCUUAUAUCGCUAUGGAUGACUCUUCUGUGUUUUACAGCCAAAUUCGUUACAAAUCGUUGCCCACUGGGAGUAACUGAAAUCUUUCUGCCAUACCAACCCCUCCAAAUCGAUGUAACAUGAUGUUUCCCAUUAGGUUUUUGACACAACCUUCGAACUAAAUAUUAAGAUACUCCGCAUUUUUUUGCUAUUUCUUUUUGACAACAUGCGAUAUUUUCUAAAAGAGUAGUAACAGAAGAGAUUUGCUCAACAAAAAGAUUGUUACAAUCACCCAUAUGAAAAAAUUCCAAUCGAAGAUAUUCAUCUUUUAGAAAUUAACAUAUUUCUAUUUAUAUCUUAAAAUAAAUUUUAAAAAUUAAAAACUAAAGUUCACAUAGAACAACCUUGGAACAAUAUUAACACUCACCACUGCAAAUUUUACGAAAAUUGAACGUACCAAUCACCAAUUUAACUAAAAAACUAAAUUUGAAAAAAGUCGACUCAUUGCACACCUUUAGCCCAUUCUAUUGCCAUCAAUCAAGUUUUCACAAUUCAAUAAAAAAAAUUUACCAUUUUAGCUUAAUUAUGUAGCCUGAUUAUUAAGUAAUUGUUAUUUAACCCAUUUAGCAGUUCCGUAUCACUUUGAAGAUACUUCAAGGUGCUUGAAAUUAAAAAAAAAACUGAUAUUUCUCGGGUGAGUCUGAUAAAUUGAGCAGGGAUUGUGUAUUAAAAAUUAUUUGAAUAUAAAUAGAGAUUUGGAUGUCAAACUACUACAAUUCUACAGGGUGUGAAAGUUGCUACGAAAUGAAUAAAAAACGUAAUUAUCUUUUAAACUGCCCUGCAUAAUAUUACAAAACCUCAUAUUUCAAGAAAGAAGAAAUCAAGGAGAAUCCAAAAAUGUAAAAAUAUACAGGGUGUCCCAUUUAAGAAACGAAGUUAUAAGCAACUUUCGGUAUAACCGGAAGUACCAAAUAGAUGAAAAUAUUUUCAUUAAAUAGAUCAGUCUUCAAAACCUCUUUAUUCCAAUUUUCAUGAUUAAGUUGCCUUUAGUUCUCGAGAUAUUUCUAAUAGGCCCUUUAUCUGCCUCACCCUAUAUACAUAUAUUGAAAACCCCAAAUCAUGAUUUCCAAAAUUUAUAAAUUGUAAAUCAUGAUUCGGGAGUGCUCCUCGUAACAUUCAUUGUGUCUUAGUUUGUUUAUUUUUAGUGCAUCUUUAUUGUGAUUUUAGUAUAGUUGAUUGAAUUUUACUGUGAAAUGUAAAUUUAUAAUAUUUUAAGGACCAACCUAUUUGUGUAGUUUUUUAAGCUUAAAUGGCAACUGUAUUAAAACGUUAUUGAAUCACAAUUUUUUGAUAUCUUGUACCUACAAUUUUAGAUUUACAAUAUUACAUUAAUUUUAUAUUAUUGUACAUCUCAAAUAAAUUAUCCCAAACACUACAUUGUGUGAAACAUGAAAUAGUAAGUAUUUAGAGCAUAUUUAAAUUAUGGGUCACACAUAAAGAAUGGGGAAGAACCGAGAGAUACUAACCACCAUCAAAUUUCGAAAGUUGGAAUACUUUGGACACAUUAUUGGAAAUGAAUCCAGAUAUGCCAUGUCCUCCUACAGGCCAUCCUGCAAGGAAAAAUAUUUGGAAAGCGAGGUCCAGGAAGAAGAAGAACAUCCAGGUUAAAGAACCUCAGAACCUGGUUCAACACAACAUCUGUGCAGUUUUUCCGCGGUGCUGCAGAUAAAGUGAAGAUUACCAUGAUGAUCGCCAACAUUCGUCACGGAUAGUCACAUCAAGAAGAAGAAUUUAAAGUAUAUUUUUAUAAGUUUAUGGUAUACAGUGGUGAGCGCGCUAAUAACCGGCAAAAUAAAGCAAAAGAUGGAAAACAUAAUACAUUGGGAAAUAAAAAGAGAUGAGACUAGUAGAGGUGGAAAUUAUCGAUAUAAACGAAUAAACUAACAAUUAAGUACAUAUACUUCAUCUAAUUUACUAACCGUUGCACGUCAUCCGCGUCAUAGCCUGUGACGUCGCAUGAUACCAACACGAAAUAUUUAGGCGGUAGGUGUGUUCUUUUUUAGAAUCACGUUGCCGAAUACAUUGGAAUUACAGCCACUGGACAUAUUUUAUUAUAUACGCGUAGAAAUAAUAUUUGAAGAUUUCUAUUAAUGUUAACCUAAAGAAAUACACAAUAAUAUGUUUCAUUUAAUUUGUAAAAAUGGAUUAUAAAGCGUUUUUAUGAAGCACAUUUACUCGAAUUACACUGUAACUGUAAUCGAACGAAGGUGACGUUUUAGAAUAAAUUGGUAACAUUUAUUUGACAGUUGCGGUGAUGACACUUCAUAUUUGUUUAUAUUCUUUACUAUAAGUAUCUGUUUUAUUAUAUUUACUGUUUUUAUUAUUUACUUUACUAUAAAAACAUCAUCUCUUAUAAAAAUAUAAAUUUCACCUAAUUUUAUCAUGACUUGGAAUUAUCGAGGUAUCUGACAACUUGUUUAGUUGUUAUUGUAGACAUAUACAAAGAAACCUACCGGCUUCAUGUCAAGAGUUCGGAGCCGUUUUAAUAAUUAUUAACAAUGCAGUGCAAAAACGCUUACACUACAAAUCUUAAAAGAUUAUAAUUUAAUUCUUGUUCUCUAUUUCUUAAGUUUUUACUUAUUUACAUUGAAUAUUAAUUUGUUUUGUUGUAUAAUCCACGUUUACAAUAAUUAUAUGAUCUAUUUGAUUUAAAAUGGAUUUUGGAUUUUUUUAUACUUUGGCAACUAUGUCAACUUAGAUCUCUGGCGUAGAUAAUGACGUGCAACGGUAAGUAAAUUAGAUGGACUGUAGUUUCCCACCAUAGACGUCUGUGACAGGAGUAUUUUAUAAAAUUCUCCUGUCACAGUGACAGUUGUCAUUCCUCCCAUACGUCUAAAGGUGGGAAACUAUGUAAUAUAAUGUUGAUUUAUACGUUUAUAUCGAUAAUUUCCACUUCUACAAGUUUCAUCUCUUUUUACUUCACAAUGUUUUAUGUUUUCCAUCUUUUGUGCCAUAUUGCCGGUUAUUAAUGCGCUCAUACUGUAUAAUAACAAAAUUCAUUGUAUAUCGCUAAUCAAAUCAUUUUAUGCAAAAUCAAAAGGGAUAGUAGGGUCAAAGAAGAUAAUAAUAUAGUGCGCUGACAUUCUAGCGAACCGAUUGAUUGAGUCGAUCUCGUACAAAAUAAUCACACAGCCAGAAAAAAAUAAACUCUUGAGAUACAUAUUGAUUUAUGGUUGAAGAUAUACCCAGAAAAGAGAAACUAGUGAAGAGUUGAAGAUAUACGCAGAAAAUAUUUGAAGAAAAAUCAAACGUGGUGUCACAUUCAUCCGUGCCCAUGCCUCAUUCCUUCUUGUUCUGGUGGUGCCUAUCUGUUUCGAAUGUUGGAGACCAUCAUGACAAUCUGUAAUUUGCUCAAUGCUGCUCUGAAAGGAUUUGUGGUUGUUGUGUUGAACCACGUACGUAUAUUUUUCAUUCAGGAAAAAUUAAAUCGAAGAUUCAAUAUGAAAAUGAUGUUCUAAUUGGAAUUUAUUUCCUAGAAGUUACUUCAAAACACUUGAAGAAAUUAUUGUUUUGAUAACAAAAAUCAUUUGGGAUAAUUUAUUUGGACCUAAAUAUUGGUUGCUUUGGAGAAAAAUAUUUUUACUGUAAUUUUAAGUAUAAGUAAUAUAUUUCGCUUGUUUUACUUUUUAAAUUGUUAUUAUGACUUAAUGUUUUAUUUUAUCAAUAAAAUACUCAACUUUU